AUGAAUCCUCUUCCGCUAUCAUGUUGCGGCGAGACGGAUGCAACUGGGUAUCUUGGUGUGACACACCACUGUGAAUGGAGCUCGUCCGUGGGCCCCGACAAUCUGGACCAGUUGACACUGUCGCAGAGGAUCCCCGGGCAUUGGGCCGUCCCUGUCCCGUUCCAGUGGCGCGGUCAUGACGUCCUUCAUCUGAACGCCGAUAUUGGCUCACUGGGCGCUCUCCCCCUUGAAGUCUUGCACCAGAUUUUGCACGAGCUGGACAUUGCCACCCUCGCGCGCCUGCAGCGCGUCAGCCAGGGCAUCAAGCUCGCGGUGGGUAGUCUACCAUUGCUUCGGGCCCUCCUCGACUUUGGCGCCGAGAUCAUUCGCGGCAUUGCGGCAACCAAAACGGGCUCGCUCAUGGUCUGCCGCGAGCUCUAUGCAAAGUUCCGUCAGCCGUUCUGUGACAACUGCCGUCACGUAGGCAUGUAUCUCUAUCUCCUAACCUGCAAACGUGUCUGCUUCGACUGCCUCACCAAGACAUAUCGGUACCGGCCGCUGCGUCCUAUGCAGGCCAACUACCUAUACAGCCUCAAACUAGACACUGUCCGCAGCUUCUCCACAUUCACCGUCCCAACGUACACGUCAUCAACAAAUCCGGCUCGCGAGAGCAACAUCUUCCACCAGCGACGCCUUAUUCCCAACACUACUAGCUGGCGUCUUGUCGACCACUCCGCGGUGCUGGAACACGCUCUACGUGCCUACGGCUCUCUGGAUGUGAUCAGAAUUCGACUCCAGAAGCGAAUGGAUGCGCCUCCUCGCCGACGCACUUUGUCCGGGCGAUCCCGUGCGCGCCCAACAAUGCCUGGCGUUGAGACUAGCCUCGCCUGCGCGGUCGCGUUUCCGUGGUUUGAUCGUCGCUCAGGCACCAGCGUCAGCGCCUCGGUUCUCUGCGCAGCAUGCAUGCAGUCGGGCAUACCUCUUGCCCAAUGCUACUUCACCAUGGCACACUUCAACGAGCAUGUAAAGGCCAUGGGCAAGGUCAUCGGUAGAGCCCAUGUCCGCCUCGCGUCUUAA